AGUUGCCCCAAACGAAGAAAGUCUGUACGUGACACUCUGCUCACUCAAAUCCGGGCUCUUGCAAUUCAAUUCACAACUUCUCCAUAGCACGAUUAUUUUGGUAGGGACAGCGGUUUCCACCUCCUCCUCCUCUUCAACAAAACAAAACAUAAGAAGGGUGGUCUCGAGCCUUUCAACAUGGCUGCUGUCAGGCUGGCUCAGCACUUUGGGAAUGCUGUAUCCAGAAAAGUGUUGUUUGGAAAUCCUCACGGCAGUUCCACUCUUCCAAUUUGGUCGGCUUCUUCAUGCCCAAGGAAUUAUCACCUGUCUUCUGGAAGCAGGGACAAGUCUUCGACCACCACGAUGGCAAAGGGAUAUCCUGUGAUUGACCACACCUUCGAUGCCGUUGUUGUGGGAGCUGGCGGAGCCGGGCUUCGAGCAGCGUUUGGACUGGUUGAAGAAGGUUUCAAAACCGCCGUGAUUACUAAGCUAUUUCCUACGAGGUCUCACACCGUUGCUGCUCAAGGCGGCAUAAACGCGGCUUUAGGGAACAUGGAGGAAGAUAAUUGGAAGUGGCACAUGUACGAUACAGUCAAAGGGUCUGACUGGCUUGGAGAUCAAGAUGCCAUUCAUUACAUGACCAGAGAGGCUCCAAAGGCAGUUGUCGAGCUAGAAAACUACGGAAUGCCGUUUAGUAGAACUGACGAUGGUAAAAUUUAUCAGAGAGCGUUUGGAGGACAGUCUUUAAAGUAUGGAAAGGGUGGACAGGCACAUCGUUGUUGUUGUGUCGCCGAUAGAACUGGUCAUUCUCUCCUCCAUACAUUGUAUGGUCAAUCACUCAAGUAUGAUUGUCAGUAUUUUGUUGAGUAUUUCGCCCUCGAUCUGCUGAUGGAAGGAGGCGAAUGUAGAGGUGUUAUCGCACUCUGUCUCGAGGAUGGAACUAUCCAUAGAUUUCGAGCAAAGAAUACUGUCUUGGCUACUGGAGGGUACGGAAGGGCAUACUUUUCUUGUACAUCCGCUCACACUUGUACUGGGGAUGGUACUGCUAUGGUCUCUCGAGCUGGUCUUCCCAACCAAGAUUUGGAAUUUGUCCAAUUUCAUCCAACUGGAAUUUAUGGUGCAGGAUGCCUAAUUACUGAGGGAUGUAGAGGUGAAGGGGGGUUUCUUAUCAACGGUCAAGGUGAACGAUUCAUGGAAAGAUACGCUCCCAAUGCAAAGGAUUUAGCGUCUCGCGAUGUUGUAUCUCGUGCCAUGACACUUGAAAUCCGUGAAGGUCGUGGUUGUGGACCAGAAAAAGAUCACGUCUAUCUUCAGCUUCACCACUUGCCUCCAGAGCAGUUGGCGACCAGACUACCUGGAAUUUCUGAAACUGCCAUGAUUUUCGCUGGGGUCGAUGUUACUCGAGAACCAAUUCCGGUUCUGCCUACUGUCCACUACAAUAUGGGAGGUAUUCCAACUAAUUACAAAGGGCAAGCCCUCACACAUGGCAAGUCGGGCGACAAAAUUAUACCUGGGCUGUACGCAGCGGGCGAGUCUGCGUCUGCCUCUGUGCAUGGAGCUAAUCGACUUGGAGCAAAUUCAUUACUCGAUUUGGUCGUAUUUGGUCGUGCAUGUGCAAAGACAAUUGCUGCAGAAAACAAACCUGGCGAUACUAUCGGUACACUUUCCAGCAAUGCAGGAGAGUUUUCUAUUGCCAAUUUAGACAAAUUGCGUCAUGCUGAUGGAAAAGUUAAAGUUGCCGAUUUGAGGCUGAAAAUGCAGAAAAGUAUGCAAUCCCAUGCUGCAGUAUUUAGGACUGGACAAGUGUUACAAGAAGGAGUUAAGGAGAUUAAUAACAUCUACAAAGAAAUGAGUGAUCUCAAGUUAUAUGAUAGAGGAAUGGUUUGGAAUUCAGACUUGGUAGAAGCUCUAGAACUGCAAAACUUGAUGAUCAACGCAGUUUUGACAAUCACAGGGGCCGAAGCCAGAAAAGAAUCACGCGGAGCUCACGCUAGAGAAGACUUUAAAGAUCGAAUUGACGAAUUUGACUUUUCAAAACCCACCAGUGGUCAAACCCCUCGUCCAUACGAACAGCAUUGGCGUAAACAUACGCUGUCAUGGAUUAAUACCAAUAGUGGUCAAGUAACUUUGACGUACAGACCAGUUAUCGAUACAACCUUAAGCAGUGCCGAAUGCGCCACCGUUCCCCCAGCAGUCCGCUCAUAUUAAGUCACUUUAUAGUAUUGUGGAUGUAAGCAAUAGGAGCUGUCAGGCUGUUAAUUAUUAAUGUUAAUCAUACUUAUGAAUUUAUUAUUAUUGGUAAUUAUUGUAGUGAACUGCCUAAUAGCUGAAUAAUAAAUUACAGCUCUGAACGACGACACAAUAA